AUGGUCUCAAGGUCGAGCUUCCCCAAGGUCCGUUUACGUUGCAGCAGACACAGACACCGGGAUGGGAGACUCCUGGGCACCCAUCCCCCUGCUGCCUAUCGCGGCACCACCGGAAAGGAAAGGGCUGGCACCAGUGAUAUGGGCUACGUUGGCGGAAAGGAGCUCGGCGCUGCUGCAUCUCGGCGCACAGAGGAUGACGAUGUCCGCAGCCGACGGGGAGGAAAAUAUUCCCGAAUAAAACGCCGACUGCGGACCUAUGUUGCAAGGGAUCUGCGGGAGAGGUCUCUGACGACCAUGCCCAGUCCGAGGCUGGUCCCAGCACCUACGUGCCAAUACCAAUGGUCUCAAGGUCGAACUUCCCCAAGGUCCGUUUACGUUGCAGCAGACACAGACACCGGAUGGGAGACUCCCUGGGCACCCCAUCCCCUGCUGCCUAUCGCGGCACCGGAAAGGAAAGGGCUGGCACAAGAUGAUGAUGUCCGCAGCCGAGAGGAGGAAAUAUUCCCGAAUAAAACGCCGACUGCGGACCUAUGUUCUGCAAACAACUAUGUCCCACUCUUUAUCCGUCUCCUCAACAUUGCAUUCACAACCACUACUCUCGCCGUCGGCAUAUCCACCCGCAACCUCGAACUCAAGAACAAUAUCCUGGCUCCAUCGGGAGCUCACCACCUCGCCGUUUCUUCACCCCAUUUACCCCUGUUUUCUGAUUUGGCUUUAACCAUCCCUGCCCAUGCCUGCAUCCACUUGGCAAUCAUUCUCGCCUUCUCCUCGACCCCCCAUUUGGCUCGACUGCGCUCGGCUCGGCUAUCCAUCCAACCCCAACUCAACGUGGGCACACGUGACGUCACUUGGCUAAACUCGAAUAAUCGAUCGACUGUGGGACUGGCGUGCUCAACACAUGGUCACUCUGGCUCGUGGGACUCGUGCGUGAAUUGGGAUGGAAUCGUUGGAUUUGGAAUGACCGCUUGCACGGAACUUGCCCCGCCGCGCCGCGUUUGUCGAUUCAUUCGCAAUAAACCGUCAACUCCCAUGGUCGGUUAUUCGACAUUGGAUCCGGUCCCACCUUUAUCCGGCGCCUACAAUCCCCACAUUCAUAUCCGACCGUACCGGUACAUUCGACACAAAUCCCGCCAACAUACUCGUCAAUACAACCCGCACCCGAUUAUCAUUUUCGACCCCGGAUGA